AUGUGCGAUGCUUAUAAGAAAAGAAACACUCCUGGCAAACAGAAAUCGAAUACAUGUCCUGACUGUCAAUACACCAAAGAGAGUAUUCUUCUAAAACCGCACCCAGAGCCUGCAUCCUGCCAGUCUCCAGACUACCACCUUGGUGGGGACGAAGUCCAUUACUACUGUAAGAAAGCUCAAGCUGAUGGAUCUCGUUGCGAAACCCCUCGAGCAUGGUGCGAAGACCAUUAUUGUACUCCUGAGGAUGAUGUUGUGGGAUAA